AUGAGUCAAGAAAAUGUUGAUGGGUCUAUAGAUUUUGUUAUAAGAAGUAGUAAAGAAGAAGACAAAGAAAAUGAUUUUAACGUGAAAUAUCGAUAGCAUUAAAAAAAAGGAAAUGGUUUAUUCUAUAAAUCUUUUGUUUAAAACUUGAGUCUUCUAAAAAGUUAAAAAUAAUUAGCAUCAUAUCCAUAAUUUGUAUUCAUAGAUAAAUUCACAACAUUAAGGAAACCAUAAAUUAAAAAUAAAUCAUGGAAUCAAUGGGAUACUUACCUAGGGAUCAUUAAUUUAGUAUGUUUGCUAAUAUUUUAUUUUUCAUUGGUCUUUUCAAAGGAAUAUCCAAACGAAGAACUUUAUGAUCAAUUUAUUUUCAAUUAAAAUCAAGGAAUUAUAGAGGACAUUAUUGUUUUGAAUUCUAGUAUUUUAUGCCCAUCGGAGUAUGAAUCUCUUUUCAAUUAUAAUUGGCCUGGCACUUCGGUAGGUUGCGAUUGUACUUAAAAAUUAUCCCCAUCAGAAAUAUCGAGUUAAGCAGUGUUUACAGAAAAUUUUAAAAAGGAAAGGUAAUGUGAGUAAUCAGAAUUGCAAAGAGGAUGCAAGACAAUGUUUGAAAUUAAAGAGAAGAGCUUAAUAUUACUAAACGAUAACAAUUAUUCAAAACCAUUCCUACUAUGUGCCAAAAGAAAUUAGAAUGUAUCAUUAAGAUAUAAUUUUACUUAUUGUCAAUUAGAAAAUAAGACUAUAUGCGGAUCUGGAGAAUAAACCUAUUGUCUUCCCCCUGAAGUGGAAUGUCCAAUUACAGAAAUCGGAUUUAAUACUAACUUUGAUAACUAGAAUUCGAAGUUUAAAGAUAACCCAAAACUUGGGAAAAGUUUUAAUGUGUCCAAUCGUCUUCAAUUUUAUUAUACCAAGAACUAAACCUUCAUGCCUAUUUCCUAAAUUUAAAUCACAGAGACUGAAGCAGUUUGUAAACUAAAUUCGCAAAAUAAUAUAUCUCCUAAUCGAUCUGAUUAUUACCUUAUGAAGAUUCAAAGGAAGAAUUGUUAAGAGAACGACACUUAAUUUAAAAUUGUUAGUCGCAUUAAUGAGGACCAAUUCUAUCUAGCCAAUAAUUUAUUAUACUUAAAUCGCUCAUUGUCUUAUUUUAAGACAAAUAGUUCUAUCAUUUGGUCCUUGCAAACUAAAUCUUACACUUAAAUUAAAGACAGUUGUUAAUUUGGAUCGGAAGAUAAGAUUUCUCAAUAUGAAUAGUUUAUAAGAAAGAUAGAUCUUGAGGACUAUCGUACUCUAAGAUAAGUUAAUUCUUUCCUAAUCAUACCAAUUUUAUUGUUGAUUCUAAAAUUCUUUCAUCUAGAAAUUGAAGACAUUGAUCUCAAUAAGCUCAAGACAAUCAAAAGAUCUAAAAUUAUUGUACUUUUAACUUUAAGAUUUGUUAAAUUAUCAAUUCACCUUUCAAUAUCAGCAUUGGUUUUAAAUUAUGAUUUAAAAUUAAGUCAAUAUAUAGAACAUUUUACUGACUUUAUUAACUCAUAGUGUAUAGUUACUGAAUUAGCUUCUAACAUCUACGAUUUUGAAUAGCUUUCAGAUUCAGUUUUGUUUAAAGUUAGUGAAGUAUUGCUCGCAAUUAUUGUAUAAUUUUUUUUUUGUUUAUACUUUCUUUUGUAAAUUUGUAAGAUUUUACCUAUAAGAAGAUUAAAUACCCAGAGAUAGAUAUCCGAACAUGAAUUUAAAUAACAAAAUUAAUAAAACAAUUAAUAAAACAACUAAUAAAACGAUUAAUCAAACAAUUAAUAACGUAGAAUAGCAAAUCGAUUUUAUAAACCUACAUAGGUUAUUCCAGAUAGAGAAUCGGAGGAUUCCGAAGACGCACAUAUUAGGGAAGAUCAAAACAAUAAUUAAUUUUAAGAGAUGGGCUAAUAAAAAUGAUGAAUGAAUCCCAAAUUAAACCAAUAUUG